AUGUUGAAUGAAAUUGGUUCUGAUAAAUCAAUGACAGUUGACAUCAACACAAUUUUUGAUAUCGAUGAAGAUUCAGAUAUGGAUAUUAGUGACCAUGAAAUCGAUGAUGCCCUUAAUAUGAUUAUGAAUGCGACAGAUGGCAUUGGAGAAACAUGGGAAAUGAAGAAUGAUGAUGAAACACCACAGAACUCGCAAAGCAUUGAAAGAUCCAAAACAUUUUAUUUAUCUGUAAAUACGUAUCAAGAAUGGAUAACCAACCUAGAAAAAGCUGGGCUCAGUUAUCUUCGACAUGAACGUAAAGUAUUGGGUGCUGGUAGUACAAGAAAAAAAAAUGUAUGGACAGAGCAGUGGUAUUGUCAUCAUCACGGAACGUAUACUAGUGCUGCUGGAAAGGAUCCUGCCAAAAAACCACGGCUUACACAAAAAGAGUCGAAAAAGUGUAGAUGUAAAAGCUAUAUUCAAGUUGUACUUCCAAUUGAUUCGAAUACUGUAACCCUGAAAUAUUAUUAUAAGCAUAAUAAUCACCAACCUGGUCAAUUAUCUGAUUUAUGCACUCUUCCUUUGUCAGAUAACAUCCGACAAUUUAUCAAACAAU